UCUGAGCGCCCCCGUCCUCAGCAGUACAAGGAAACCAUCAAGGUUACCGAAGAGACCAUCGAGCCCACUCACGUCUCCAAGCCCCAACACAAGUCUUCCAAGAUGGGUUACUACGACGAGGAUGUCUCCGAGGUUCGCGCCGCUUCCGCCCCCCGCCGCCAGUCUUCCGGCUCUGGCUCCGGUGCCCCUCUCCUCCCCAACACCGUCACCAUCCCCUGCCACCACAUCCGCCUCGGCGACUUCUUGAUGCUCCAGGGCCGCCCCUGCCAGGUCAUCAAGAUCUCCACCUCCGCCGCCACCGGCCAGUACCGCUACCUCGGUGUCGACCUCUUCACCAAGCAGCUCCACGAGGAGUCUUCCUUCAUCGCCAACCCUGCCCCCAGCGUCGUUGUCCAGACCAUGCUCGGCCCCGUCUUCAAGCAGUACCGCGUCCUCGACCUCUCCGAUGGCCAGGUCACUGCCAUGACCGAGACCGGCGAUGUCAAGCAGGGCCUGCCCGUCAUUGACCAGUCCAACCUCUGGUCCCGCCUCAACAACGCCUUCGAGUCCGGCCGUGGCUCCGUCCGCGUCCUUGUCCUCAACGAUGCUGGCCGUGAGCUCGCCGUCGACGUCAAGGUCAUCCACGGCUCUCGUCUGUAAGCGUUCCGCGCUAUGUCAAUGGGUUAUCUAGCAAACAUGUCAUGUACGAAUUACAGAUGAUCAAAUGUAAUGGAGAAAUUGAAGUCGAUUUUUGGAUAAAAACAGAACGGAUAAAGGAUCCAGGAGUCUUUUACGUAGAUAUGUAGCUCUGUAUAUGAUCUGUAAUCCAUGUGUUGGGUACUACA